UUCGAUCAGUUUUACAUUAUUUUUAACAAACGUCGGAAACAAAAUUUAAGUUUACUUUUUAUAUAUUUUUUUUUCAAAAUUAUAAGAAAUGUUCCGUUCUUCUUCGGGUCUGCGGCGUCUGAUAUGCGUUAAAAGUCUCACGCGUACCUGUACAGGCCGAUCUCCCAGGUGUCCGAAAAUUAAAAAGACGGGCAUUUUUAUCAACAAUCAGUGGUGCACUAGCAAAUCGGGCGAAACUUUUGAGACCAUAAAUCCUGCCACUGAGGACACAAUUACUUCUGUUGCGCGAGGAGGCUGCGAGGAGAUAGAUCUAGCUGUGGAAGCAGCUCAAGAGGCGUUCUUAUUGGGCUCGCCAUGGCGUCGCAUGGAUGCCUCGGACAGAGGGCGACUGAUGAAUCGCCUGGCUGAUCUCAUAGAACGUGACAUCGACUACUUGGCCAGCUUGGAGACACUCGAUAAUGGCAAGCCCUUUGCCAUCUCCAAGGCAGUGGACUUGCCUCUGACUAUUAAGCAUCUGCGAUACUAUGCCGGCUGGGCAGACAAGAUUCACGGCAAAACCAUUGCCGCCGACGGUGACUUCUUUUGCUAUACGCGGCACGAGCCAGUUGGUGUGUGCGGCCAAAUUAUACCCUGGAACUUUCCCCUUCUGAUGCUGGCCUGGAAAUUGGGACCAGCUCUGGCAACGGGCAACACAAUUAUUCUGAAGCCAGCCGAGCAGACGCCGCUGACGGCUCUGUACGUUGCACAUCUGAUUGAGAAAGCAGGCUUCCCGCCAGGCGUAGUGAACAUAGUGCCUGGCUAUGGUGAUAUUGGCGCCUAUCUAGCCCAACAUUCUGGUGUCGACAAAAUCGCCUUCACGGGCUCCACGGCCGUGGGCAAACAAAUCCAAAAGGCUGCUGGUGAAGAAAACCUGAAGCGAGUGACUCUCGAGUUGGGUGGCAAAUCGCCAAACAUAGUUCUAGAUGAUGCUGACCUGGAGUAUGCUGUGGAGACGUCCCACUUUGGUCUAUUCUUCAACAUGGGUCAAUGCUGUUGCGCCGCUUCACGCACCUAUGUUCAGGAUGCGAUAUACGACGAUUUUGUGGAACGCAGUGCGCAGCGCGCCAAGAAACGCGUUGUGGGUGAUCCCUUCGAUAUGGAGACAGAGCAGGGCCCACAGAUCAGCGAGAAGCAGAUGAAGAAGAUCUUGAAGCUAAUCAAAACGGGCAAAAAGCAGGGAGCUAAGCUUGUCGCCGGAGGUGAACGAGCUGAACAAUCGGGUUACUUUGUGCAGCCCACAGUCUUCGCUGAUGUCAAGGACAACAUGACCAUUGCUAAGAAGGAGAUCUUCGGACCUGUGCAGCAGAUAAUGCGCUUUAAGGACCUGGAGGAGGUAGUCGAGCGUGCCAAUAACUCAGAAUACGGCCUGGCCGCAUCAGUUUUCACCAAAGACCUGGACAAGGCCAACUUUCUGGUCAACAGUCUGCGCGCUGGCACCGUUUGGGUCAACACGUAUAAUGUGCUUGGUGCACACACGCCCUUCGGAGGCUACAAGAUGUCCGGCUGCGGGCGUGAGAACAGCGAAUAUGCGCUAUCAAAUUAUACCGAAGUUAAGAGUGUUAUUGUCAAAGUGUUAGAGAAAAACUCCUAAGUGUGACUUACAGGUUUUAGAAGACAGACUGCAAUAUUUAUUGUAUCUUAUUACGGACGCUUUAUACCAAUUGAAUAAAUUUUACUUUGAGAGAUCGAA